UGACUUAUUUAUUUUUUUGUCAAACUGAAUCGGUUCGGUUCACGUUUCAGCUUUCGCUAUGUGACAUUUAUUCCCCGGGUUUUCCCCGUUUCGAAACGGCCCGACUCUUUAGCCGUUAGCUGCGGCAGAUUGUCACUGCUGGUCCGGCUGCUGCUGCUGCUGCUGUAAACGGAGCCGAGAAAACGGACAGCUGGCACUGGAUAUACGGAGGUCCUGAGGGCCCAGCACACUGCCGUAUAGUGACCGCUGCUGGGGGAGCAUAGUCGGGUUGUUUUGGAGUUGAAAGGCUUCGGUGACAAAAGGCAUGUUUGGUGCUAGAAAGAAAUUUGUAGAGUUUGUCGAGGUAGUCGAUAAUGACUUCACUGAUGAAAGCAUGUACUACAGCCAGCCGUCGAUGUUCCCACAUCGGUCGGACAAAGAUUCUUCAAAUGUUUUCCUUCAGAUGCUGUCGUCUCCCUCGCCGUCGUCGUCGUCGGGUCAGCUGUCGCAGCUUGGUGCAAGUUUGUACGGCCCACAAAGUGCACUUGGCUUCUCGGUAAGGGGCAUCGGGAACAGUACGCCUCAGUUAAAUCGAAAUCUAACACAAGGCACGCAGCUACCAAGUCAUAUCACCCCAACAACGGGGGUCCCCACCAUGUCUCUCCAUACCCCUCCAUCACCAAGCAGGGGGACAUUGCCGAUGAACACGAGGAACAUGUUGAACCACUCUCAGGUCGGUCAAGGCAUUGGAAUGAGUGGCAGGACCAAUAGUAUGGGCAGCUCGGGGCUUGGCAGCCCCAACCGCAGCUCGCCCAGUAUCAUCUGCAUGCCCAAACAGCAGCCAGCACGCCAGCCCUUCACCAUAAACAGCAUGUCAGGGUUCGGUAUGAAUCGCAAUCAGGGGUUUGGGAUGAACAACUCGUUAUCAAGCAACAUCUUCAACGGCACAGAUGGGAGUGAAAAUGUAACGGGACUGGAUCUGUCAGACUUCCCUGCGUUAGCAGACAGGAGUCGGAGAGAAGGGACUGGAAACCCAACACCGGUGCUCAACCCACUGGCUGGACGGGCUCCUUAUGUUGGCAUGGUGACAAAGCCGUCGACUGAACAAACACAGGAUUUCUCUAUCCAUAACGAGGACUUUCCUGCACUGCCUGGGCCAAACUACAAGGACCCCACGUUGAACAACGACGACAGCAAAACUAACUUGAAUUCCACAAGCAAGAGCACAUCCAAUGCAGAUGGGCCAAAGUUCCCCGGAGACAAGACGACCACAGCACAGAACAACAACCAGAAGAAAGGGAUCCAGGUGUUGCCCGAUGGUCGGGUGACGAACAUCCCCUCAGGAAUGGUGACGGACCAAUUCGGCAUGAUUGGCCUGCUGACGUUUAUCCGGGCAGCAGAGACCGAUCCGGGGAUGGUACAUCUGGCGCUCGGAAGUGACCUCACAACACUGGGACUCAACUUAAACUCACCAGAAAACCUGUACCCCAAGUUUGCCUCUCCUUGGGCUUCAUCGCCAUGUCGACCUCAAGACAUCGACUUCCACGUUCCGUCUGAAUACUUAACCAACAUCCACAUAAGGGACAAGCUGGCUGCAAUUAAACUGGCACGAUACGGCGAAGACCUGUUGUUCUACCUGUACUACAUGAAUGGGGGAGACCUGCUACAGCUUCUGGCGGCAGUAGAGCUUUUCAACCGGGACUGGAGGUACCAUAAAGAAGAGCGGGUUUGGAUAACGAGGGCGCCCGGCAUGGAGCCUACACUGAAGACCAACACCUACGAGAGGGGAACCUACUACUUUUUUGAUUGUCUCAACUGGAGGAAAGUAGCCAAGGAAUUCCAUCUGGAGUAUGAUAAGCUUGAAGAGAGGCCUCACGUGCCAACGACAUUCAACUACAACCCAGCCCAGCAGGCCUUCUAAGGCCCGACCAGCCCAGAGGGCCGCAACGGCUCCUGCACACCACACUGUUGUCCAGGAGGGGCGCUGUGGUUGACACGGCUCGGUUUUUAUUCCUCGAGGAUUUGGCUAUCUGACUGUGGGGGUCGUCGUCGCCACCAUCAAAACUGCCGCCUAUCCCAAAUUUCAUGCUGCCCAAAAACACCAACACUUGUUCUGUUUUUAUUCUUUUGGUUCCUCCUGUUUUUUUGACUUGUUUUGCGCAGGAUCUGUGUUAUGUUUACGUCUCUGAAUCUGAAGCUUGUUUUCUUUUAGAAAGGAGGACUGACCCUGUGACACAGGACAGUGACAGAACAAGGUUUACGCCUCACCAAGUGUUAAGAACAGAAAAAAAAGGCAAGAGAGUUAACAUCCUCAGACGCAAGUGAAAGGGUGAAAUAAAUGCAAUGUUUAUUGUUGCACUAUAUUUAGUAAUAAAAGAACACAAAAUUUGUUUGUGAUUUUUUUUUUUAUAUGAACACUCCCCGAAUUUUUUUCAAUUUUUUUUUUUGUUACGGGUCGGGUGGGUUCAUGCAACUUUUAUUUUUCUAUCUUCCAUUUACAGUGACUUCAACCUUUUUGUAUUUGCAUCAACAUACUCUGCUUACCCCUCUGUCCGUCUCCCUCUGCGAGUUCUGUGCCAGUCGAACAUGGAAACUGAUCUGGGAGAUUACUUUGGUUUCCACAAAUGUGGACAAAUCCUCGACGUUGCUCUUGAGCAAACAAACAAUUUCCAGUCUUUGUUACAAUUUUGUAAGAAAUGUGUACAUUUUUUGUUUCUUUGCAUCACAUAAAUUAGUAUAUAUGUGUAUAUAUGAUUGCUAUAUAUAUAUAUGUAUGUAUAUAUAUAUAUAUGACAUCUAUUUUGGAAGAAAUCUUGCCCUGCCUUUUACCUCGUUUUUAUGAGGUGGGCAUGGAUGCAAUAUGUGGACGCAACAGGACAUUUCUUGAUCUGCUGGACAGGGUGUCAAAUGGCACUGUGGGCACUUACAUCAAAAGAAUACAAAAUUAAAAUGUAAUUUAGGGAAAGGCUGGAUUCUCAACCGAAAAAAAUACAAAUACAAACAUGGAGAUCAUCCCACAAGUUUGGAGUCAAAAUAAGGGAUGUAUUUCGGUUCAAGCAGUUUGGGCAGCAGCAGACGGCAGCAUUUCAUAGGAAACAGAAAAUUGUCAAAUUGAGGAGAAUAAAAAAAAAUCCAGACCAAUCUUGUAUUUUCAGAAGUUCAAAGCUUCUUUUCUUUGUAAUAAAGCAGAAAAGGCUUUCCUGAA